AUGGAGGCGCGCGGGGAGCUGGGCCCGGGCCGCGAGUCGGCGGGCGGCGACCUGCUGCUGGCGCUUCUGGCGCGGAGGGAGGACCUGCGCCGAGAAAUCCCGCUGUGUGCAGGCUGCGACCAGCACAUCCUGGACCGCUUCAUCCUCAAGGCACUGGACCGCCACUGGCACAGCAAGUGUUUGAAGUGUACUGACUGCCACGCGCCCCUGGCCGAGCGCUGCUUCAGCCGCGGGGAGAACGUCUACUGCAAGGACGACUUCUUCAAGCGAUUCGGAACCAAGUGCGCCGCGUGCCAGCUGGGCAUCCCGCCCACGCAGGUGGUGCGCCGCGCCCAGGACUUCGUGUACCACCUGCACUGUUUCGCCUGCGUCGUGUGCAAGCGGCAGCUGGCCACGGGGGACGAGUUCUACCUCAUGGAAGACAGCCGACUCGUGUGCAAGGCGGAUUAUGAGACGGCCAAGCAGCGCGAGGCCGAGGCCACGGCCAAGCGGCCACGCACGACCAUCACGGCCAAGCAGCUGGAGACGCUGAAGAGCGCCUACAACACGUCGCCCAAGCCCGCGCGCCACGUGCGCGAGCAGCUCUCGUCGGAGACCGGCCUGGACAUGCGCGUAGUGCAGGUGUGGUUCCAGAACCGCCGCGCCAAGGAGAAGCGGCUCAAGAAGGACGCGGGCCGGCAGCGCUGGGGCCAGUACUUCCGCAGCAUGAAGCGUGCCCGCGGCGGCCCCAAGUCGGACAAGGACAGCGUGCAGGAGGAGGGGCAGGACAGCGACGCCGACGUCUCGUUCACGGAUGAGCCAGCCGUGGCCGAAAUGGGCCCUGCCAAUGGCCUCUAUGGAAGCCUGGGGGAGUCCACCCCGGCCUUGGGCAGGCCCGCGGGAGCCCCAGGCAGCUUCCCGCUGGAGCACGGAAGCCUGGUUGGCCCGGAGCAGUACCGCGAGCUGCGCUCCGGAAGCCCCUAUGGUGUCCCCCCAUCACCAGCUGCCCUGCAGAGCCUCCCUGGCCCCCAGCCCCUUCUCUCUGGCUUAGUAUACCCGGAUGCUGGCUUGGGCCUGGUGCCCGCGGGGGCCCCAGGUGGGCCCCAGCCCAUGAGGGUGCUGGCGGGAAACGGACCCAGCUCCGACCUAUCCACAGGGAGCAGCGGGGGCUACCCCGACUUCCCUGCCAGCCCCGCCUCCUGGCUGGAUGAGGUGGACCACGGCCAGUUCUGACCGAGGCCCCCGGCUCCACCGAGCUCCGGACGCAAGGGGUGUGGAAAGCAGUGCUGGCCCUGGCUGGGGGGCCCGAAGCGACCCUCCCCUCCUCUCCCAGAGCCCAGCACCUCGGCAGGAAAGCAGGUGCCACGGGCGCCCGCAGGGGACAGGAUGAGACCUCAAAGGAGGGCUCCUUUCUGCGGAGCGCCCAACCCCGCUCCCCUCCCUCGGGGGCAGAGGGACUCCAGCGGCUCCUGUCCGUGCCCGCUCCGUCUCAGACACAGGGCCACCGGCCUGGUGGCCGCCAGCGAGCCGUGUUUUGUAAGCAGAUUUCUCCCUUGAUCGACCAAUUAACUGGACGCUUGCUGUUUCUAGACACGAAGCGUCCCCCCACCCAGGCUGGGCCUUCCCCCUGCCGCGCUCCAGCCCAGGGCCACGGCGUCUUUGGGCCGGAGGAGGCUUUACUGUCUGAAAUGAAAACGCAGAGCACGGACCACGCUUCUCUUCCCGGGCUCCACCUCCCUGACGGAGGCCCACUUUAGGUCAGAGAUGGGCCUCUUCUGUCCGGGCAAGAGGCGGCCAAGCAGGGACCACACCCGUGUCCCUCUGGUCCCAACCCCCACCUCGCCCAGGAGGCUCCUCUCUGGUCUUCCCUGGGGACCUGGCUCUAGAGCUUUCUGUUCUUGACUCUGCCACCUGUCGGGAGGAGACGCCCCUGCCGGGCCGCCCUUCUUCUCCAGGAGCAACGCGUUAAGGUUAAGGCCGUGGGGACCUCCCUCCCCGCCUACACCAAAUUUCCAUCCCCUCCGCCGUCACCGCUGCCCCUGGCCCUCGGCGUCCAGGCCACGCCCAGCCCGCUGAUUUCCGUUGCCAAACAGCCUGCGGCCCUCCCUCUCGGACUGGGCUCUAGCUGCGGGAGGACCGGGCGGCCUCCUCCACCCAGCACCUGUGGCCGUCUGCCCCAGACCCCGAGGCCAGCGGUGGGUGAGACCCAGCUGUCCCCGCAAACUUGCAUCCCAAGCUACCUGUCAGUUCUGUGGAGAUCCCGUGUUUUUUAUUUACUCUCUGACUAUCAGCUCUU